AUGUUUUUAUUUAUUUUACUUUCUAUACCCAAUUUUGGGUUCAGCUAAUAACAAAAUGAUCUAAUCUGCUAUUACGAAAGUGAUGAUUCAGCCUUAGAAUUAGACAUUUAAAGGCCAUAAUCAAAAUUGAUAGAAAUUUAAGCUGAUUCUUCAAAUGGUGAUACAAGAGGUUUUGGAUUCUGGUCAAAAUACAUUGCUAACUUGAUUCCUAAAGAAGAAUCAUUUUUUUAUAGACCUUUUGAUGAUCCUAAUUGUCAAACUGAAGUUUGCUAAUUUAAUGGGUUCUAUUUUCUAAAAUUACUUGAUGAUGAUGAAUUUAACUUUGCUGCAAUAAUCUUAAAUAUGAAUGAUAACCCAGUUAGCUUAACACAUGAUAUUUAUUUGUUUAAAUAAAAUUCAGAUGAGAUUCAGUAAGCAUCAGUUAAUUUUGAAGCAAGUAAUUAUGAGUGUAUAUGGUUCUAUACUUCAAUCCUUUAUUCAUCAGUUGAUCAAAAACUCAGAUUUUACACAAAUUACAAUAAUUAGUUAUUUGCCUUUGAUUAUAAAUUAAUGUCUCAAAAAAUUACAAUAAUUUUAGGAGGCUAUGAUACUGAUCUUUCAUAAAAUUUUGUUUUAAGUUGGAAUCCUUUAUUAUAUUUUAAAGGAUAUUUUUCUCCUAUUUAAGAAUAUGUUCCCUUUUUUUAUGAUAGAAAUUUCUUUGAUAAUUUAUUAUUAAAUUGCCCAUAUUAGAAUUAAAAAACUCUUUAAUUAUCAGAGGAUUUAUUUAGAUAAAUAGAUCCGAAUGUAAAUAAUAAUGACAAUGAAGUGAUAUAAUAUUUAUACUUAACAAAAAACCAUAGAUACACCAUUAAAGGCUGGAUCAAGUAAAAUUAUAUGGAAGUACAGAUUAAUUAAUUUUAUAGGCUUAUAAUUAUUAUUUGUAAAAAUACGACGUAUCAUACAAUCAAUUCGAUCAAGCAAUUUUUUCAAUUUCAUAACAAUAUAUAGUAUUUAAUAGAAAAAUGGGAGAUCAAAUGAUAAACUUUUAUUAUUCAGUAUUUUUUUAUGAAAAUAUAGAUUGACUUAGAAAACAACAAUGAAACAACAAUUUAUUUUUAAACUGAAUUUUAUAAGGUUCCUUUAUAGGUUCCAUUAUAUUAAGAUGAAGGAUUAAGAAAAUUUGACUCCUUAAAAAUUUAAAGAGAUGAUUUUUAUGAGAAAACUUAAUAAUGGCACUAUUUUGUAAUUGAUAAAGGAAGAAACCCAGUUAAUGGAGCUACUUUGCAAUUUCGAUUAUAUUUUGUAAAUGAAGAGCCAUUAGUUUAUAAUUUGGGAACAUAAAAUUAUAACUCUUAAUUUUCAGGAUCCAUAAUAGUAAUUAGUCUAUAGUUUUCAGAUUAUGGAGUAAGUCCAAAAAGCAGGAGUAAAUUAGAUAUGUUUUUUUUUAUGACUGGGUAAACUGAGGAUAAUAAUUAAGGAUAUGGUAAUUAUUAUAUUAAAUCAUAAUAGAUUGUGAUUCAAGCUGUAAAGAUUGUAAUGGUCCCACUCAAUAUCAUUGUAUAUCAUGCUAUAUUGAAUUCAAUUAAUUUUUAACUUAAUUUUAUUCCUGCGAAUGUUUAUAUCUACACGAAUAUAAUUAUAAAAGUGGAAUGUGUGAACCCAUAGAAAGAUCCUAAAGUCUUAGUAUAACAAAGGGAGAAUAUACAGAUUAAUACUGCUAAUUCGGAUAUUUUUAGGUUUAAUUUAACAAUUAAUAUUUUUGUCUUUAAUGGUAUUUUAUAUUAUUUAUUAUUUUAGUCCUUAAAAAUAAGAAAAACAUAUCUUAUGUGGAGACUGUUUUUAUAAACCAAUUACUUGGUACUUGAAGCCUAUCUGUACCUUUGAUUAUUUAUAAGAAUAGAAUACAUACGCUUAUAUAAAAAGCUAAAGAUCAAAUAUUCAAAUAGAUGUAUAUUACAUCAAUAAUGAAAUGAAACUUUAAUUAGUAGAAGGAGCUAGUGAAUUUUGUGAAUCAACUUAGCUUGGAUGCUAAUUUAGUAGUGAAUUCCAUUUAGGUGUCUAAAUAAGAAUAAAAUGUAAAACUAAUAGAUAUUACGAUAACUUUUAAUGUUUAAAUUGUAUUGAAUCAUGCAUAGUAUGUUAAUCUAAAGAUGUUUGUUUAACUUGCAUUGAAAAUCAUUAUUUUAAUUAUUAGAAAAAAAUGUGUUUGUCAUGUCCAAAGGAAUGCACAACAUGUUAAAAUGACCCUACUAGUGAUUUUGGAUAUAAAUGUCUGACAUGCCAAGAGUAUUUAUAUAUAGUUAAUAUAGAAAACAUACUGUAAAUCAAUUAGGAUAAUGUAAACCAUGUGGAAUUUAUUGUGAAUUUUGUAAAGAAGAUUUCAAUAUUUAGACAUAAGAAUAUUUUAUAAGGUGUUUAAAAUGUAUUGAUAAUAAAAUUAUGACGAUUCGAUUCAAUGGAGUAGAUUGCAUAAUAAUUGAUAUUCCCAAUUGUUAAUAUGCUUUUAUAAUCUCCAAGACUAAGAUAUAAUACAAUGCUCUUAGUUAUAAUUUCUAACCUUCUAAUGAUUUAUUAGAUGAGUAACCAGUUUGUGCCUUAUGUUAAUAGAAUUUCUUUUAUCAGUUUGAUAAUCAGGUUUGUUAAGUUAUAAGCUAAGUAAAUUGUAAUAUUGGAUUUACUAAAAGCUUUAUUUAUAAUGGGAUUGAUUAUGGACUUCAAGGAAUUUGUUUAAUUUCAGACAUUUCGUCCUCUAUCAGCGUUUAGGGUGAACUUUGUAAUAAUGAAAUAUCAAAUUGUUAUUGGUGUUAUACUAAAAAAGGAAAGACAAAUUCAUAUUGUUUGAAAUGCAUUUAAGGGUAUUAUGCAUCUCGAUUAAGUGGUUAAUGUUUAUUAUGUCCAGAUAAUCUACAUUGCAAAACAUGCUAUCAUUCAACUAUAGGAUAUAAUGAUGAAUGGAAGAACAAUAUAAUAAUAUUGAGUCAAUAUCUAAAAUUUUAAGAUAAUAAUUCAUAUUUUGUAAAUUAAUAAAAUUAUGUAUUAAUAGUAUUGGAACAAUGAUUAAAGUUAAAAUUUAGAUGAUUAUAAAAUAAUAUGUACGUCAUGUUAUAGUGGAUUUGUAUUAAAAGAUAAUAAAUGCAUUUAAUAUUGUGAUGACAGUUGUAAAAGUUGUAUUUAUUUGAAUGAUAAAUAUGUAUGUUAAACUUGUGGUUAGAAUAUAUAUCAUAAUCUAUUAAGCUUAGUAUAAUAUUAAUGCUCUGUUUGUCCUACUUAUUGUGAACUUUGUAGAGAAAGGACAGAUGAAGAAAUUCUAAAUUUGAAUUCUUUGUUUAUUAAAACUCUAAGCAAUUCUAUUUACACUUAUUAGUGUUUAAAACCUUAUGAAAAUGAUGAAACUUUAUUUUAUGAUAGUACAAUAGGACAAUUUAUAUCAUGUUAGAAUUCUGAGAAAUGUGAAAAUGUAUUAACUUUUGAAUUGAAUUUAUUUUGUUAAGAUGAAGAUUACUUUGAUUAAUUGUAAUUAAUUUAAGAUACUGAAUUAAAAAACAAAUUUAAGAAAUAAAAUAUAAUGUUUUCACAAUUAAUAUAAUCUAGUAUUUAGGGCAAUAGCUUUUAAAUAGUAAUAUUAUAUAUUAUCUACUUAGUUUGAUAUUGAUUCCAUUUAUGAUAUAAUGAGUAAAAAAUCUAUCAAGAGAGUUAAAUUAAUUCUUUAAUCUAACAGUGAAUAAGUUUGUUCAAUUCCUUAAUUGAGUUAUAUAACUUAAGCUUUCUCUUAGAAUGUUUUUUCUGCAAUGUAAAAUAUUUAUUUUAUUAUGAAUAGUGAUGUUUAAUUGGAAUUUAAAUCUAAUAUUCAAAAAGAAUUGUAAAUAAUAAUUUUUGAAGAAUUACACUUUAUAGAUUUUACAGUAUUGCUUUUCGAAAAUGUAGAAUUUAUAAUUUAAUCAAAUAUUUAUAAUAAGAAUAUUAAUGCAUAUGGAUUUAAAUCAAUUCAAUUGUAAUUGUAAAAUGUAUUAAUAUCUACAACUUCUUUAACAACACCAACAUUUUUUUAUUUUUUAUUUACCUAAUUGAAUUAAAUAGUUUUCAAUAAGGUCAUCAUUAAAAAUAUGAAUAUUAACAACAAAAAUUUAAAAAGCUUUUUUUCCUUUUUUUAUGAUUCAGCUUCCAAAAUAUCCUCAAUAGAAAUAAAAGAUUUUUUAAUUCAAUAAAGUAUUUUUGAUAAUACAAAUAUCUUAGAGAUAAAAUCUACUAAUAUUUAAUCGAUUAUUUUUGAUCAUAUUAACAUUAAUUCAGUAUUUAAGAAUAGUUCAUUAUUUAAUACCUAAAAUGAUUAAAUAUUAAACUAAAUUACAAUAUCCAAUUUUACAAUAUCAGGAAAAUUAGAAAACUCAGAACCAUUUUUUAAAUUAAAUUAUGCUCAAUAGACAAAUAUUGAAAAAGUUGAUUUAAUAGAUUUAGUAAUUAUUGAUUCAACAUUUCUAUAAUUAGAAAGAUCAGGGUCAAUUAAUUAAUUAUUUAUAUAAGGUUGUCAUUCAUAUGGAUCAGUAUCAUUUAUUCGUAAUAAUGUUGAAAAUUAAAUAGCUAAAUAAAUUGCAUUUAUAUAUUCAAUUGAUAGUUUAAAAGUAAAAAAUCUUAUAUCCAGUUUUAAUACUUAAAUAUUAUAUUUCUAAGCUUUCGAUUCUAUAACAUCAGAAAUUAAAAUUAAAAAUAUAAUUCUAGAAUAGAUUAUUAUUGAUGAUGAAUAAGCAAUUUAAAGCAAAUUACAAUCUUAUUUAAUUUAUAUUUAAUUAUAAUAAGCUAUAUUAUAAUCAUGCUACAUUGUUAGAGGUUUUGGUAUUUAAGAAUUCAUAUUUUCUAAUUUAUAAUCACUUAUUAUUACAGAUCUAAUAGCUAAGUAAUCUUAAAUUCUUUUAUUGCAUUAGUAUUACGAUUGUUCUAGCAUAAUGAAAGCAAAUAAUAAAUAUCCUAAUUUAAUUUAACUUUUUGAUGUAAAGAAUACUAAAUUAGAUAAUUUUUUGAUUACUCGAUUAAAUUUUAUAAAUUCAGGUUUAAUUUCAUUUACUACAUAAUCAAAAACUUCAACUUCAAAUUAAGAUACUUUAACAAUCAGAAAUUUUGUAAUCUAAGAUAAUAUAUUAAUCACUUCUUAAAAAGAUGCAAGUGCUUCUUUAAUAUCAGUCAUGUCUAAUUAAAAGAUUUUUGUAGAUUUUUCAUUAGUAGAAAUUAAGUUUAAUUAAUUACACAACUAUUAACAAAAUCUUUUAAAAGCUUCAGCUGUUGCUUUACUUAUUAAUUGUCCUUCAGGAAUAAUUAAUAUAAAUCAAAGUUAAAUUUAUAAUAAUUUUGCAACUAAUACUACUGAUAGUGUUAUUAAUAUUAUUGCUGAAUAAAUUAUGUUAAACUAAAUUUAAUUUAUUAAUAAUUCUUAUUAGAAUAUUGAAGUUCUUUUAAAAAAUAUUGAUUGGCAAUUUCCAUUAAAUUAAAUUAUAUAUGAGAAUAAUUUAAAAUCCAUAUUUAACUUUAAAAAUACAUAUGGAAAUUCAUAUCUUGAAGCAGAUCUUGUAGUUGUUUAAAAUAGUCUAGUGUAGAAUUCAUAAGGUCUAAAUGGAGUUGGAUUGUACAUUAGUGCAUAAAUAGUGAAAUUAUAUAAUAUGAUAUUCAAGAAUUUAACUACAUUCUUUAAAUAUAAUGAAGAAAAUGGAGGAUGCAUUUUUAUUAAGAUUCCCAUAAGUGGAUGUAGAAUAGACAUCUAAGAUAUUGUAGGAUAAAAUAUCUUAGCCAAAGACUUUGGCAGUUUUUUAUUUAUCUCCUCUAAUUAAGAUCAACUAAAUUUGACAAUUAAUAAUUUAACUUUAUCAGAAUGUAUGUCUAAGAAAGGCUCAGCUAUCUAUGCGGCUUUCUAAAAAAAUUCAUUAUAAAAUGUUAUAGAACUUAAAAAGAUAAUAGUUAAAAAUCAAAAAGUUGCUUUAUUUAAUUAUUUGAAAUAAUUAAUAAAUAAUAAUAAAAAAUUGUUGGAUAUUAAUAAUAAUGUAUUAGUUUAUGUUGAAAAUACAAUUCUCAUCUUAAAAGACAUUUUAAUUGAUAACAUCUAUAGAGAAUCUAUUUUGGAGGCUAUUGAUUAAGGAGAUGUAACUUUGAAUAAAAUAACAAUUUUAAGUGGAACUGCACCAUAAUAAAAUAUUAUUCUAAUUCAACCUAGGGAAGGUAUUUAUUUAUUAUUUUAUCCAAUUAGAUUUGUCUACUGUAAUUAUAAUAAAAAUGAUUUCAUUCAAUAAUAUGAAACAGGUUCAAAAAUAAAAUGGAAGAUGUGAAAUUUAAUAAAUUAUUAUCUCUCAAAAAAUCAAUAAUAUGUAAUGCAGUUCAAAAGGCAGUUCAAACAUUCAAAAUUUAAUAAUGGAUGAAAAAGAGGAUAACAUUGAAUAAAAUGAAUGUUUGAACUAAAAAUUGCAUUUAUCAAAUACUGACUUUUAAUAAUCGGCUAUUACUAUAGACUAAAUUAAAAGUAACGAUUUAAUUUAAAUAUUUGACAUAAAUCUUUCGAAUAAUAAUUAUUCAAACUCAUUAAGUGGUCUCAUUUAUCUUUAAAUUAAUAAAUAAGGCCUAGAUUCAUAUUCUAUAUUCAUUAAAGAUUUAAUAAUGAUGAAUAAUUUUUGUGGUUAAGCAGGAUGUUUUUAUAUUAAUUUUGAUAUUUUUGAUAUAGCAUUUACAAAAUCAACAUAAAAUAGAUUGCUUGCAUUAAAUACAGAAAAUAUAUUGUAAUUAAUUAAUCAUGAUAUAAUAAUUUAGAAUUAUUAAUGUUAGGAAAAUGUUGCAGAUUUUGGAACUUGCUUUUUAUCCAAUUAAACUAAUGUAAUAAUUUUUAAUUCUAUAUUUAUUAAAAAUCAAGCUAAAAUAGCUGGAGGGGCAAUUUAUUUUAGUGGAAAAUAAUCAUUCUUAUUUCUAGUUGAUUGUCAGAUUAUUAAUAACAAUGCUAGUAUAGCUGGGGCUAUUUAUUUUGAUAACAGUGUUAGGUAGGAAAUGAAAAAAUAUAAUUCUUUUGUUUUUGAUAAUUAGGCAUCAUAUUAUGGUUAAAAUGUGGUUUAAGCUCCAACCCAUUUAUCUAUUACUUUAAAUAAUUAUAAAUACAUUUAUAAUACAGUUAUUUUACAAAAUUCUAGAGAUACUUUGAUAGAAUCUGUUAGUAAUUCAUUAUUGUAUGAAUAAAAUGUUAUUUAUUUACCAAGUGGAACACCUAUAAAAGAAUACAAAAAAUUUAAUGAAGAUAAGGAAGAGUUAGAAUCCUAAAAUUUAACAUUUAGAAUAGUAGCUUUGGAUGAUCAUUAUUAAAAAUUAAAUAAUUUAACUGAUUCAAAAUGUGAUCUUGAGACUUUUAUUUUUGAUAUAGAAUUAAAUAAAUUACUAGAAUCUUCAAACUAAAAAUUAGUUAAUAAAAGAACAAUUUCUUUUGAUCGAAUUACAAAUGAUUAUAAUUUAGAUGAUUUAAUCAUUUAUUUUGAUAGCGAAAAUACUAAUAAAACGUAGUUAUAAUUAGUCAUUACUUGUUCUAGUAUUUAAAUACCUUAAUAUGAUGAAGAAAAAUUAAUAAUUUAAUCAUUUCAUAAUAAUUAUAAAUUACUAGUUAAUAUCAACACUUUCAAAUGUCGUGUGGGUUAGAUAAAAUCUCUCAUAGAUCUUUCAUGUCAUGAAUGUGAUCCAAGUUUAGAUUAAUAUUCAAAUUAACUGAACUUGAAUAAAUGUUAUAUCAGAGAUGAAUAAUCUACAAUAAAUGUAACAUCUUAUGGAUUAAAUUUACGUUCUGUAAUUAUUUUUUAUAAAAUUAUAUUAGGGUUUUUGGAGACCUUACUUUGAUAAUAAUAUUAUAGAAGAAUGCUCAAAUUUAGUGGAAAAUUGUUUAGGAGGAUGGAACUAUGGUGAUAAUUCUUGUUUUAAAGGUCAUAUAGGGGCUCUUUGUGAAUAGUGUGAUAUUUAAAAUAUUAGAGGAGAUGGAUACUUUUCUACAUCUUAAUAAUAUUCAUGUGGGUCAUGUGAUGAUAUAAAUUAUAAUUUAGUUUAAAUUAUAGGAUUCAGCAUUUGGUAAUCUAUUAAAUAUAUUAUUAGGUCUCUAAUUACAAUAAUUCUUAGUGUUAAAGGAGCUAACUCUGUUUAAAAUUACUAAUUUGAAUCUCCUUAUUUAAUCAAGAUUCUUACAAAUUAUUUACAAAUUAUUAGUUCAUUGACUUCUUUUAAGUUAAGGUUACCAGCGGAUGUCUUUUACUUUUUAAAUGGAGUUGGUAAUCCAAUACAACGAAUAUCUUAUUCUUUGGAUUGCUAUUUAAGUAUUAAAUAUUUUUAUUUUAUUAGUUGAGAUGUCUUCCUUAGAUAUUCAUUAUUUAAGAUUGAUUUGGCAAUUAAUAAUCCCUUGUAUUUAUUUUAGUAUUCUAUCAAUCAUUUAUUCGAUGUUAAUUUAUACCAAGCAUCUCAAUUAUAGAGGACCAAUUGUAAUGACUGCAAUUAUUUAUAUGUACAUAUAUUUUCAGCCAAGCAUUAUUGGAUCACUAAUAGCUUUGAUUUCAACAAGAAGAAUUUCUAAUGUUCCUUGGAUUCAAGCUAAUGUGGCAUUUAAAUUUGAUACAUCUACACAUAUAAAAUGGGUUCUGACUUUUUGUAUACCCUUUUUGACUUUAUUUGGUAUUUUAAUACCCUUGGGCUUACUUUUAAGUUUGUUUAAAAUUAGAAACAAACUUAUUUAUAAAAGAGGCAAAAGUCUUCUUGGUUAUUUAUACUAUGAGUAUAAGCCAAAUGCAUAUUUUUGGGAGAUCAUUAAAAUCAUUACUAAAUAAUUACUAAUAUUAGCCUUAAUCUAUUAUGAAGAUUCAAUCAUUUUAAAAGGAUCUUUAAUUUACUUUAUUUUAUUUAGUUAUUGGUCUUUGAAUCUAAAAUAUUAGCCAUUUAAAUCUGCUAGAUUAAAUCAUUUAGAUUAUUAAUCAACAAUAAUUUGUGAAAUAUCCAUUAUAAUUGGAAUUGGUCUAAAUAUGGGAUAAUAAUAAUAAUUUUUUAACAUUUCAGUUUUAUACUUUUUUACAUUAAUAACUAUUAAUAUUUUUUUCUUUAUUAAGCUCAUAUUAUACAUUUUUAAUGCCUACAUAAACGAAAUGGAAAAAACAUUUGAUUUAAUUAAAUCUACUAUUUUAGUACAUUUGCCAACAAAACUAAGAAUGAGUUAAUAAUGUUUAAGAUUACUAAGAACUAAUGUUGAGAGCAGAUAAAGAGCUAAAUAAAAUUUUUAGAAAUUAAAAAUGGCUUACAAAAAACAUUAAUCAUAGAAAAAAUAAUCUGUCAAUGUGUUUUUAUAUAACGCAUUGACUUCAUAAUAAACAACUCAAAGAUUAACGUAUAUAUUUACUUAUACUUAGCACUAUUUCAAGUAGAGAUAAUAAAUUGAGUCAAAUGAAUUUAAUCCCUUAAGCAAAGUUUUCAAAUUCAAAUAGUGAAAAAUGA